AUGUCCGUCCUCGCCCCCAAUGGUCGCACCAUGAACUACCCUUCAACCCACUUCGUCGAGUCCGCCGGCACCGUCCUCUUCGACCUCUCCACUCGCCAAAUCUGCCUCCUCCACCACAUCUCCUCCAAUGAAUACCUCCUUCCCAAAGGUCGUCGGAAUCUAGGCGAAAGCCGGCCCGACGCCGCCAUUCGCGAGACGCGCGAAGAGACAGGUUGGACCUGUCGCUUAUCUCGAGUGAAGAUGUGGACGAGAUGUACGCUCGCCGUGUCGGAGGAGGAAAGUCGGGUCGAGAAUGUGCCGAGACGGGUUGACGGAGUGGUGGAGCCUUUCAUGUUGACGCAGCGGAUGUUGCCGGCGGAGAAGGGGAAAGGAGUGAAGAUUAUCUGGUGGUUUGUUGGGGUGGUGGAAGAAGCGGUCGAGAGAGGCAAGGGGGAGGAGCAGUUUGAAGCGGAGCUGUUGUCAUUCGAGGCAGCAGUAGAUCGACUUACUUUUCCCGACGGACAGGGAAGUCGUUCGUCAAGCCAUCGACAUCUUUGA